CGACAGCCUCAGUUGAGCGCCGACCGUCGUUCAUCUCGCGCCGGCUCGGUCCCGCUGUCCACACUCGGAAUCGUUCCUCAGUGCCAAACGUCCCUCUCCCGCGCGUUCGCGUUGUACACCCGCCGAAGGCGUCGCCUCUUCGUCUUCUUUCUCCGGUUUUGUAUUGUUCGCGUUCUCGUGACUGCUGCCGCCGCUGCUGCGGGAAUCUCUCUGAGGGGAGCCGCCGACUGGACCGUGCCGCAGUGGAGACGCAGCCCGCCCGAUUGCUGAUGCUACGAGAGUCCCCCGGAGGCCGGCAUCAGUGCAGCAGCAGCGCAUCGUCGGGUCUCGAGGAGCAGCGGAUGUUGUCCGAGCGGCCGUCGCAUCAGGAGUUGCAAAUCGGGAAAGACUAGCGCCGCAUGCGUAGGAGCGCGCCGGAAAAAUUAAAUACAGGCCAUUCGUCGAGCAGCACUGGCGGCAGUGCUGCGGUGCCGCCGCUGCUACAGUCAGCGUCAGCCGGGCCGGCUCGCCACUGAUUAAUGGCUUCGAUUCGUUGAAUCGACGAAAGAGAGCCGACGGACUAGACUCGGAGAACUGCUGCUGCUGCGACUGCUGCAGCGCCGCUGCACUCCUGGCGAACCAAAACCCCGGCGACUGCUGCAGCGACGAUCGCGAGCCGGACGCUGCCGCCGCCGCCGCCGGAACUGGAGGAGCUGCCGAAAACGACCACGACGACUGCUCGCGGAACGCCAGCCAGACCAUGAGAGACGGCGUGUUCGACGUCAGCGAACUGAUGACGAAGAGCACAGGAUGCAACACACGCCGUCUGCUGGUCGUCGGCCUAAUAGCGACGAUCGUGCUGGUACUGGUGAUCACAGCGACGGCUGCCAUCUUGCUGACUAGCGCUGACCGCGAGGCCGCCCGAACGGAGGCGCUCGGAGCUUCGGGAAUCUCUGUGGAAGAGUGGCUUGGAGGAUCGCUGUCCACUAAAAGCUUUAAUGGCACCUGGCUCAGCGGUGACGAGAUACUCUACGAAGACGAGAGCGGCAACCUCAUGAUCUUCGAUGCGUCCAGCAGGCAGAGCCGGAACGUUCUCAACAUCACUAAUUCGGCCCUCGUAGCGAGCUUCGAUCACCAGUUCUCCGCGGAUCGCAAAUACCUGCUGUUGGCUUUCAAUUACCAGAGGCUCUUCCGUCACACCUACCUGGCCCAGUACAAGAUCGUGAACCUCGAGACGCUGCAAGAAACUUUGCUGAGCGGGAACGAGUCCUCGGGGCUACAGCUAGCGGUCUGGGCUCCACAAGGCAACGCCUUGGUCUACGUCUUCCAGAGUAACAUCUACUAUCGACCUCAGGCGGAGGUGCCCGAUGACUAUCAAAUCACCGUCACCGGCGCGUUCGGCACCAUCUACAACGGCGUGCCCGACUGGGUUUACGAGGAGGAAGUAUUCAGCUCUAACAAGGCGAUGUGGUUCUCUCCGAGCGGCACCAAAUUGGCUUUCGGCCACUUCGACGACACACAUACUCCAAUAAUGAACAUCCCUUACUACGGCUUUCCCGGAUUGACCUUUCAAUAUCCCUCGGCAAUACCGAUUCAUUAUCCAAAGAGUGGCACGCAAAAUCCAACAGUGAAACUAUUUUACGUCGAUUUGGAGCAGGUAGUCAAAGGGAACGUGAGCUUGAUUGAAAUCGAAGCUCCGCUGAAAUUAUCCUACACCGAACGAAUUUUAGCGUCCGUUUCCUUCCCCACGGAUGGCCUUGUGUCCGCUAUAUGGAUGAAUAGAGUACAAAAUCAAGCCUACUUUCACAUGUGCAACGUUAUCGAUCGAAACUGCUCAACGGCACUUGCUUACAAGGAAAGAAAUGGCUGGGUCGAACAGUUCGUGCCUCCCUUGUACAGCAAAGACGGCACAGCAUUUGUCUUAAUCUUACCGCAGAAGCAAGGCAAUCGCGGCGAUUGGAGGCAUGCGGUUUUGGUGACGGAAGCUACGACGAAACAUCCAAUAGUGACCGCACUGACUUCUGGCCUUUUUGUCGUUACUGAAAUAGUGGCUUGGGACGAGGACAAUCAUUACGUGUACUAUCUGGCUACGAGCGAGCAGGAUCCGGCGCAAAAGCACUUGUAUCGAGUUUCUAUUCUCGAUCGCAAUCGCCGCUCCGAUUGUCUCAGUUGCGAAAUCAAGAGCGAGUCCGAUGGAAGUUAUUGCCUGUACAAUUCAGCGGAAUUCUCCAAGGAUAACUCGCACUAUGUUCUCACGUGCGCCGGACCAGGAAUCCCGGAAAUUACCAUCCAUAACAGGAAUUCAACGAAAGUUUACGCGUGGGAAAGCAAUAUAGCCGUGGCAGAACUCAUCGCCGAAAAGUCUCGUCCAACAGUAAAGAGGUUUACAGUGCCAGUGCCCGGGGGUUUUGAAGCUCAGGUCAAAUUGCUUUUACCACCCAACGCGGACUUGUCCGGAAAAACGAAAUAUCCUAUGCUGCUUUACGUAUAUGGCGGACCCGACACUAACGAAGUAACCGAGAAAUUCAAUAUAGACUGGGGAACGUAUUUGGUAACGAACAAGAGCAUUAUUUAUGCGUCGAUCGAUGGGCGAGGAAGCGGAUUAAAAGGCAACAGCAUGAUGUUCGCUGUUUACAGGAAUCUCGGCACAGUCGAAAUCAUGGACCAAAUAAACGUUACGAGGCAUUUACAAAAUAGCUUUUCCUACAUCGAUCGCUCAAGAACUGCGAUAUGGGGCUGGAGCUACGGAGGCUACGCCACGGGCAUGGCUCUGGCAAUGGAUUUCGAUGGAAUUUUCAAAUGCGGCUUGUCAGUCGCACCAGUGACUGACUGGACGCUUUACGAUUCCGUCUACACGGAGAGGUUCAUGGGCCUUCCUAAUGCCGCCGACAAUCUCGGCGGCUACGAUCAAAGCCAGCUUCUCAACAAAGUUGACAAUAUCAAAAACAAGGGCUAUUACCUGAUUCACGGCACCCUCGACGACAACGUGCACUACCAGCAGUCCAUGCUGCUUGCCAAAAUGCUCGAGCAAAAAGAUAUUCUCUUCAGGCAGCAGACAUACACCGACGAAACUCACGACAUUGCUCGAAUGCGUCUUCACCUGUAUCAUUCGAUGGAGAACUUCCUUGAUGAAUGCUUUAAGACGUCUUCAUGAUUGGAAGGUGGCCUGCAUCGUUGAUGAAUAAAUUGUAUGAUUUGUACAUAGAUGUGUACAAUAUUGUAACAUGAUUGUUUGUGUAAAUAUUAGAUUCCAGAAUGAUUCAGGUAUUAGCACCAGAAGCAGUCGUUAGUUACAGAGAGCUGCGUAUAAGGAAGCAUUUUUCAUAUAUGAAUAUUUUUUAUGAAUCACAAAACGAUUAUAUUACGAGGCGAGAGAGUAAGAGAGAUACUGCGCGACACUAGUUGAGAGAUCAUCUUGUGAAUGAAUUUUUAUUGUCCAGUGCGGAACGAAUGACCUUUACGCUAUUGUAAUUCGUACUUACUAACUGUUAAAAGUAUAUGCUUUUUAUUCGAUUUUACAAAACAGAAAAUCAUGUUGAAUGUAUAACACUAUAUAAGAGCGAAUGAAGAUUCUCGUGUGUUAUUUGUUAUAUUAUUGUAUUCAUAGGUCUUGGAACGAAAUUUAUCGGAGAGAAUUUUAAAACGAAAAUGGAAUAAAUCCUUUUAUAUUUCUUGUUGACAAUUCAGAUUGUAUCCUUCUUUUCUUAGAGGAUUCUUUUAUUUUUUUUUUUGUGAUGAAUGCAAAUUUUUAUCCUACAAACUUUAUUGUUGUUAAAAUAAGAUUUCAUAUUAUGACUGUGUGAUAUACUACACAAUAGCGUAUUUAUAUGUAUAUAAGAAAAUACUACCGAUUUCAGCGAAUCAAAGUUUUUUAAUCCAACAAGGACCAUUGCAACAUUUUGGAGGAUUAAUCAAAAUGAAUUUAUUAAAGAAAAAACUUGUUAACUUUUAAUAUUCGAGGUCUUUAAAUUGUGUAAAUAUUGAGGUCAUUUCAUCCAAGCGUAAUCAAGGUAGAAUUUCGUAGGAUCUGCCUUCGCAGACUUACAAUAACAUUAAAGAGCUGCUUGUAUAAUCAUCAUCAAUUAUUUGUUAAAUGUAAAACAAAUAAAGCUCUAUGUUUUAUUAAA